UAAUCGGAAAUAUUCGUCGAAUUGCUGACUUUUCGAGAAAAAAAAACAUGUGAAAUAUCUCGAAAUAAGGAUACACUUGCUUAUUGUGUCUGUGACCUGUGUUUAUUUCAAUUCGGUUACUUGAAAUUCGUCUCCAAAUACUUUAUAUAUUUGAACAUUAAACGCUGUAAAAAACAAAACAAUAAUGCGAAUUUCAAAUGUAAAAGCACUUUUGUGUCAGAGGCUUUUAUUCCAAGACUUUCGUGCUGAAAAUGUGCAGAGGUACAAAACUAUCACUACACGAUCAGGUGCUAUUCUUCCUGAACCGAAAACACAACCAUUUGGAUUUAUUAGCGUCAUUUGUGGUGUAACUGUAGGCCUUCUUAUCGGAGCAACAAUAAGCAAAAAUAUAGCCAAUUUUCUAGAAGAAAAUGAUCUGUUUGUUCCAACAGAUGAUGAUGAUGACGAUGAUUAAUAAUCUAAAUAUAUAAUAAGCCAAUAAGGAAACAACACAAUAUAAUUAAUCCUAACUUCAUAUGUGUGGUAACGCUUAAUAAUUUAUUUAUUUUUGUAUGAAAGGAAUGUUUUUUAUUAUAUAAAACUACGAUAUUAAUUUUUGUUAUUGAGAUAUUGUAAUGUAGGUAUUUAUAAUUAUGUUUUUAUGUGAUAAAACUCUAUUUUCCAAGCAUGCAAAAUACGCACAUAUUUAUUGAAGUAUUGUUGACAACAAGAGAAGGCUAACUCUUAAUCAAUUAUGAAAGUUUAAUUAAUAACUUGAAGACAUUUGAAUUGUAAAUUAAUUGUUGAUAUUUUAAUCAUGUAUAAUUAAAUGAAAACUAUCUGUGAAAAUUAACUAGACUUACCAAAUUCAGUUUUAAAAAAAAUUGUAGUAAAAUAUAUGAUGACAUUAUAAAAGUAUAAAUGUGUUGAAUAAAUAUGGAUU